GCGCCCGGGGAGCCGGCAGGAUGGCUGAGGGCAAGGCGGGCGGCGCUGCCGGCCUCUUCGCCAAGCAGGUGCAGAAGAAGUUCAGCAGGGCCCAGGAGAAGGGCCUUCCACCUAAGAAGAACCAAGCCCUGCGCGAAGGAAGGGAGGGGUAGCAGGAAGGAAGUGAGAGCUGCAUUUACCACUAAACAAGGUACUGCAGAAGUUGGGGAAAACUGUGGAAACCAAAGACGAACGGUUUGAACAAAGUGCCAACAACUUCUACCAUCAACAGGCUGAAGGCCACAAGCUAUACAAGGACCUGAAGAACUUCCUCAGUGCAGUCAAAGUGAUGCAUGAGAGUUCAAAGAGAGUGUCAGAAACCCUGCAGGAGAUCUACAGCAGCGAGUGGGACGGUCAUGAGGAGCUGAAGGCCAUUGUAGGGAAUAAUGAUCUUCUUUGGGAAGACUAUGAAGAGAAACUAGCUGACCAGGCUUUGAGGACCAUGGACAACUAUGUAGCCCAGUUCAACGAGAUUAAGGAAAGAAUCGCCAAGCGGGGUCGGAAACUCGUUGACUAUGACAGCGCCCGACACCAUCUGGAGGCAGUGCAGAAUGCCAAGAAGAAAGAUGAGGCCAAAGCUGCCAAGGCAGAGGAAGAGUUCCACAAAGCCCAGAUUGUGUUUGAAGAUCUGAACCAGGAACUACUAGAAGAGCUUCCCGUUCUUUAUAAUAGUCGUAUUGGCUGUUAUGUGACCAUCUUCCAAAACAUUUCAAACUUGAGAGACGUCUUCUACAGGGAGAUGAGCAAGCUGAACCACAGUCUCUACGAGGUGAUGAGCAAACUGGAGAAGCAACAUUCCAACAAAGUCUUUGUGGUGAAGGGACUGUCAAGCAGCAGCAGGCGCUCUUUAGUCAUCUCUUCCCCAGUUCGAACAUCUACAGUCUCCAGCUCUCUUACCUCACCUACCAGUCCCUCUGCACCUACCAGUCCCUCUGCACCUUCCCUGAAGAAUGAGGACUCCAGCUCAGCAAGUGAAGAAGAGCUGCCAUCUGUUCCAGCCCAGGAAGAAGACAGCUCUGAGAUUAAAGGGCCCUCAAAAGAUGAGGCAAUAGAGGAGCAAGAGGCUGAAGCAAGCUCCUUGGAGGAGGAAGAGCCUCUGGCAGCCUGCAAUGGCCUCACCCAGACCCAGCCCUCUCCCAGCACCGACGGUGGCGAGCCGCAGGAGGAAGUUCUCCCUUGCUCUGCAGCUCCAUCACCAGGCAGAGCCCUGAUCCCCUCAGAGCAGCCCUCCUCUCUCCCAGAAGUAGUCCUCCGAACCCGUACCUCAAGUGAAGGAUCUGAACAACCAAAGAAGAGAGCCUUUAUCCAGAGGACCUCAGCACCGCCUAAUAGGCCUCCUCCACCCAGAGCCACUCCCAGCCCCAGGCCCUCCUCAGGGAACAUGCCCUCUAGCCCUACAGCCUCUGAACAGGGUUCUCCCACCAACCACAGGGCCUUCUUUGGGGCUGGGACUCCAAGUCCCAGGGCCUCCUUAGAAGCCUCUCCUGAUCCACAGCCACCAGAGAAGCCAGUCAGAACUCCUGAUGCCAGAGAAAAGGAAAACACCGACAAUCUGAACCCAGAAGAAUUCUGUGCUUCCCCUACCUUGAUGAUCUCUCAGGUUCUUUCAGAGUCUGGCAAGGAAAAGAAGACAGAAGACAAGGAAGAGAAUAAGCUUAUCUCAGCUGAUUCCCCUGAGAGCCUAGGUCUUCAGCCUCAGAAAGUUUCAGAAGAGAACAAUGUCACAGCACCUGAGCCUCGGGAAGAGAUAUCUACAAUUGAAAGUGCACAACUCUGAAGGGGAAUUACCAAGACCUCCCACCCCACACACAUCCCCAGAGAAGCUCCUCGGCUAGAGGGUGUAUAGGUCUUGAGAUCCAGCAUUCAUUUCUAGGUUCUCAAGCAUUAUGAAUGCUGGUGGUCUCUACGAAGACCUGGAAUUAAUGAAGGCUAAGGAGCAGACUUGGGGGAGGGAGGGAAGCAGACUUGGGAGGAGACUAUUACACUCAGGGAAUAUUUAAUUCAUGUUUUAGUACUGUUAGAAUAAUAAGACUUUAAUAUAUUAAUUAAAGUGGGGCUAAAAUGACUAAAAAAACAAAAGCAACUGUAAACACAGACAUCCAUGUGGAGACACAUAACCACACAUACUCAAAGAGCCAACAGAUCUUUGACUUACCACUCAUUUGCAAGACUUGAAGUCAAAAGAACAGGUUUUUACAUUGUUAAAUAAAGUAUUACUCUGACUA